UACCUGCCCACUAGACGGCAGAGGGUUGGCGUCUCGUAAUGUUUCCAAUACGAGCAGUUCCAAUGAGUUCUUUGAGCUUUGUGCGGAAGUUUGAAAAAUCACAAUUCAAAUUUUCAAACUCAGAAAUAGGACUUACCUAUCACACGCUGUUGUUUUGUCAUUAGGCUUUAAAUUCUAAGCGAAUUAAAAGAUUUUUGAACAGUUCGACCAGGAACAGCGAUGAAAGAGAUGGGGGAUGAGGGAGAAGUCGGCGAGAGUGAGCCCUUUGAAAUGAACUUUUACCAAGAUUCUGAUGAGGGUUUGCUGACGCAUGAAGAAGACUACCUCGAACAGGCUGCAGUGACAUCACCGGAAGUCCCACCAAGCGCAGCUGGUAACGUUAAUCAGACUCAAUGGACCGAUUUGGAUUACAUGAAAAAGAUGUGGGAAGAGGACACCGGGAAGAGUGUUUGCCAAAAGUCAUCGGACUCCCGCGAACUGAACCGGGUCACGACGGAGCUGGACACAUGGUAUCGUCUCAACGUGAGCAAAGCGAACAUUUGGGAUCUGAUGACCGCAGUCACGCCGGAUGGAGGCGUGCGCAUCCGCAUUCUGAACAGAGGCUCCGGACAGACUGUGCUGGCACCGGGAAUGUAUUUCAUUAUGCAGUACACUGGAUUUGUUGAGCCGAAUUUCAAAGAACCGGUUGAUGCUACGCGUUACAGAGGUCGCCGGGAAGUUUUCAAAUACGACGUUAACGAAGCUUUUGUGGAAGGCUUGCGUUUAGCAUUGGGAAAACUUCGGUUGGGUGAUAGCGCUCAUAUCCGAAUUUCGCCGGAAUAUGCUUUUGGGAACCAAGGAAUUCCUCCACGCAUCCCACCCAGUGCAACAAUGCACUACAUUGUUGAACUACGCGAUGAAGAGUGGUCCGACGAUAAGGCUUCUUCCCAGUUCAUUCGCCAGCCUGAAGAUGCCAAAGAAGACUUGGGGUUUGAAGUGUGCUUCAAAGCCGCUACGGAAUUUCGAGAGAAAGGAAAGAAAGCAUUUGGCAAAAAUCUGUAUGAAAGCGCCAGAGAUCACUUUGAAUACGGAAUUGAAGCCACUUCCGUCUGCAUGACACUGUUGGAGCGACCAUCGGAGGCUGUGGCAGACAUGGUAGCAAAAGUUAGCGACAUCGAUACUGUUUUAAAAAGGAAUGCCUCUGUUGUCCAUGCUAAACUGAGUAAAUGGGAAAGGGUGGAAGAGCUUUGCCGGAAAAUUGUGGAGCUGAACCCUCACGAUAGCAAGGGAUUGUACUAUCUGGCUACAGCUAACUUCCAGAUUGGGAAAAAGGAGGAGGCCUUUGAAUGGGUUCAGCGUGGCAUUCGGGAAAACCCACAUAGUCCUGAGUAUGCGGAAUUAUACCAAAAGAUCAAGAAAGUUCAUGAUAAAAGUCUGAACAAUGAAAAGGUCAUGUGUAUGAGGAUGUUUGGUAAUGCUUGCCACACCGCGAAAGCCGUUAACCAAUCAGCCGAGCCAUCGUUUGUCAUUUCCGAUGAAGUGCGGGAGCAUGUUGGACAGACGAUCGACAAAAUGCGAAAAUGUACCAAUCUGGCGGAAGUUCCCCUGAAGUAUUCCUUGUUUCAGGAUAAACAUAACCGGAAAUUUUUGGAAGCGGAAACUCGGAAGGCUGGUUUACUGGUGGUAGCCCGGGAAGGACAGCGUCGGCCGAUAUUUACUCUUUGCCGGCAAGCUGCUAUUUCGCAUUAAACGGAAGAAGCAGAAAUUUUGUUCUUGUUGCUGGCCUCUUUCUUAUUGUAGCGGAAAAAAGCCCUGCAAAAUGGUAUGAAACCUUCAGUUGUCUGCUUUAUACUUAGCUUUUCUUGUACAGUGAGCAGAUUAAUUUUUCGUUUGUGCGACAGUGAAAGUGGUUGUUUCAGUGGGCUGUGACAUAUUUUGUUUUUACUGAUUUGUGAUAUCG